GUCUCACCGUGCUACACGAUCCAAUUGUGGCAGGUUGCUGCUGGAUCAAGGUGCUACCAAGCUGGAUAGAGAGAGCUGAAAGGAGGAACAGAUUGAAAAGUUUGGCGACGGUGUUGCUGAGACUCAGGCGACAUGGCAGAACAUUUGGCAUCCAUCUUUGGCACAGAAAAGGACAGAGUCAACUGCCCCUUCUACUUCAAGAUCGGGGCGUGUAGGCACGGGGAUCGCUGUUCGCGGUUGCACAACAGGCCCACCAUCAGUCCCACUCUGCUGCUGCCUAAUCUGUAUCAGAACCCAGCCCUAAAUGCUCCUCCUGGGCCAGAUGGCCUGCCCAUGCCCGUGGAUGCGCGCAAGUCGCAAGAGCAUUUCGAGGAUUUUUACGAAGACAUCUUUGAGGAGAUGGACAAGUACGGCCAGAUAGAGCAUUUGAACGUCUGCGACAACUUGGCGGACCACAUGGUUGGCAAUGUGUACAUCAAGUUUGUGGAUGAGGAUGCUGCCGCGCGCGCGCUGCAGGGGCUGACAGGGCGCUUCUACGCGGGGCGGCCGAUAAUGAUCGAGUUCUCGCCAGUAACGGACUUCCGGGAAGCCACGUGCCGGCAGUACGAGGAGAACACGUGCACCCGCGGCGGCUACUGCAAUUUCAUGCACCUGCGGCCCAUCUCCAAGGGUCUGCGGAAGGAUCUGUUUGGACGCUACAAGAAGAAGGAGCACAGCAGGAGUCGCUCGCGCAGCAAGGAGCGCCGUGAUGACAAGGGCCGUGGCAGGGAUCGCGAUCGCGAUGGAGGCAAGGACCGCAAGAGGGAGACGAGUGCGGAGCGUCGGGCCAAGAUCGCUGCCUGGAACAAGGAGAAGGCGACGGGCGGAGGCGGCCAGUGAUGAACAGCUCAGCGCUGUGCCUGAUCGGGCACUUUGUGCCGUUGUGCAAUCACCGUGGAACGUGCUCUGGCGCACUGGCGAUCUGGCCAACUCCUGCGUGGCUACACUGGUGGUACCGUUUCCCUCCAAUAGUGCAGCUUGCGGGAGGUUUCCAUUGAAUUGAUGAGAUCGUUGUCAAGAUGAGCUUGAAAUGCAGUGAGGUGGACAAUUGUUGUGCUGGUGCCAUGCUUGCUUAAUC